AUUGCAAGUGGCCAAUAGAAGGAGAGACAAACAGCSUGGCUGAGUCAGGGCAGCUGGGCUGUGCCUAGGCAGCUUAAACCAGAGCUGCAGCUUGGCUACYGGCUGCUCAGUGAUUUAUCUCCCCGUGGGCCUGCAAUGAAGAAAUGGCCAAACAGUUGCCUGUAGUAGCACCAGAAGACCUGGACAGCUUUACUCUGAGCAGGACGAGCUCGGGCUUUGCACUCAAAGCCUUCCAUGUUUCCUGGAAUAUUCCCAUCUCGGUGAAGCUGCUGAGCGGCCAGAAUGCUGCAGAGAGGGAGUGGAAGUUGCUGCUUCGGGAUGUAGUAGCUCUCUGGCCUGACCAGUCUGACCGUCUCCUACCUUUCCUGGGCGUUUAUCAGCACUGCGGGCUCGUGGGGACAGUGACUGAAUGGAUGAACAAUGGAUCCCUCCACUCCCUCAUCCACGAGCAUGAGCUGUACCCGGAGCUUCCGCCUGCCUUGCUCCUGAGGAUCCUGUGGGAUGUGGCUGAAGGGCUUCGCUACCUUCACAGCCUCCAACCUGCCCUCUGCCACGGCAGCCUUAAACCCUCCAACGUCCUUCUGGAUGCCCAGUACAGAGCCAAGAUAUCCGAUUAUGGUCUAGCCUACUGGAGGACAGAGCAGCAGCGGUCGGACCUGCAGAACUGCAACCACAGGAACUGCCGGGAUUUYGUGUACCUCUCCCCUGAAACGCUUCAAGGAGGUUUUCCUCUGCAGGAAGGUGAUAUUUACAGCUUUGGAAUACUGUGUUGGGAGAGCCUUAGCAGACAGAAACCCUUUGAAGGGCAAAAWACGCUGCUGGAAGUUUUAACCAAAAUCAGUUGUGGUUUGCGUCCUGGGACUUCAGCAAAGUUUAUCCCGAGCAAUUUGCCACAGAGGAACAGGCUCUUGCAACUCAUUGCUCUGUGCUGGCAUCAAGAACCUGAUUAUAGGCCACAUAUCACAGAAUGCACAGAUGUUCUAAAGGGAAUUUUGGCUAAUAUAAACAAGGAGGCAAUUUCCAGAGCAGUCUACAAUCUGAUGGAUGCAAAGGAGACAGCACUUAAUGCAUGCAAAGGUGCACAAACGUACACGUUGCAGACAGGCAUAUGCAAUUCAGAGACCAUCUGUCCACAAGAAAACAACCAAGUCAUCAACAAGAAAAUUCCUCUCGGAGUGCCAAACUUGUCAGCUCUUCUACUUGAGAGUAGUGCAAGUAACUUGGGAAAAGAAAAUACCCUCGCGAUGGCUUUGGCAAAUGCUGUCCCACCAAAGACGACGACGACAAAGCAAGAUCAUCCGGAUUCCGAUGGUAGGAAAUCCACGCCGGGCCCUUCCUUUCCUGCUGUUCCCUGGUCUGGUGCAGCUCUGGGCAGASAGAGCCGCAGCCUGUGCCACAGGAGCCCCCGAGUGCCACGUGAGCACAGUCCASAAACCAGGAAUCUCGGGCAAGCGCUGACGGGUCCUGGCUGCCAAAGAAGCUGCUGUCAAAUCCUGACCUGUCGGCGCGAGGCCAUUCUGGGCUGCAUGACCGAAGGGCGCCUCAACCACAUCCUCGACGUCCUUCGCUCGCGCCAGACCAUGUCCCGAGGGGACUACGAGGCCAUCACCUCGUACCCCACGGUGACUGCUCGCGCCCGGGCGCUCUUAGAUACCUGUGUCUGCCUCGGAGAGAGGGCAGCGCAGGUCGUAGUGACUGCAGUGAGCAAGUGCAGCCCUUUGGCACAACGCAACCAUUGCACGGACUGUCUUUCGAGACAGAUAAAUAAGCUGUUGCAGUGACUUUACGUUUUGUGGCUUUGCAGGAGUUGGGAAUGAUUCACAUCCUUUCCUCAUAACCAUUGACUGAAGUCAAUCUUUCCUACAGCCCUUAGUCCUCUAAUGGAAAGGCUAGCUGGAUUAUAAGAUCAGGUUGCUGCCUGAAGAAAUUACCAAAACUGGUAAAAUAAAUUCUAACUUGGACCUCAGAGAUGGGAGGAUUAUUGUGCGUGCCCGAGCAAAUAUACUUCAAGUCAGAUGACAACUUGUUUCUUUGAUUCUGAAAGAGCAUAAAGUGGAUCUUGGAUUUUUGGAGCUCACAUUAUGGAAAGAAGGCUGUUAUGAAAUCCUUUCAACUAAAGAAAGGAACAGGGUGCUGGAUGAGAAAGGAAAAAGAAGGAAAAAGGCUCUUGCUUUCAUUUACUUCAUAAGGAAGCAACUGUUGGAGUGAAAGGCUUAAGACAGAAUCCAGAAAUGUCUCUUCAACAGGUCAUCAAGAACCUCUGGAAUUUUUACGUUAUGCAGAUCAAUUCAUUUUCACUCGCAAAUGCCACGUGCUCAAAAUAGGGCACUGAUAAGCAACCACAUUGGAGGGGUGAGACUUAGGAGUGUUUGGUAAACUGAGCAAAAUGAAUACCCUGUGUUCAUGCUGUYCUCUGAGUUGGGUCUGCGAUUCAGACACGCAACUAAGUCGGGAAGAAGAGACAUUAAGCUGCUCAUUUAGUGGUUCCGUUGAACUGUAAAGGAAAGUAGGAAGAUUAUCUUAAUUAUAAUGAAAAGGAAGUUACACAAGCUGACUGCUUUUGAAGGCACAGUGGGAUUGCUCUAAGCUCCAAGGCACUGGAUUAAUGUGAGAAUUGUUAUAAAAGCUACAAGUAUUGCAUAUAGAGAACUCAAUGCAGGGUUUCCCUGCAUUGCACUGGUUCUCCUUGCACUUUCAAAAUGCUUAAUGGGCAAUUUGAGAGGUGGUAAUCUUAAAUGUAGUGAUGAUGUGCUCUCUAAGCACAUGUAAGAUUUAAGGGAUUUGUUAUUCCAUGUAAUACAAUGCUGCUAGCACCAUAAACUUUAGCUGAUUUUUUUUAAAGUAAAUUUAUUCAGGUUUAAGACUGCCUUGAAGUGAAAUACUGUUACAAUUUAAAACAAUGUCUAUUAAAAUAUGGUGAAAAUAGUUUUGCCUAGUAAAGAUGUAAAUGUCACGGAUUUUUUUUCUUUCAACAUUCAAAAUGGUCGUUUUCAGUAUUUCUUACCAAAGAAUAUCUUGUACAUGGGGACAAGAGCAACCACCAUGGUGUUCAGAAGGUGUAUGAUAUUCAUACGAAGUAAAACACAAAAUCAUUCAUCUAUGGGAAUUAGGUAUAGACUAUUAAGAGGGAAGCUAGCAAUACUGUGAAAAACAGUGAAAAAAUCAUCUUUCAGGAACAACUGCACUCUGUUUUGCUCGAUAUUUUAUACUGCUGGAAUGAUGUGCUCACUGGCAAACUACACUGAUUUUGUCAUAAUUGCUUUUGUCAUAAUGGAGCCAGUUUUCAUUCU